CCUAACAUUUUGGACCUAGAGCUGCCACUCAUAAGUGCUAAAUUUUGUUAUUACCGUUAUUUCUCAUCACUUUGGUGGUGGUGGUGGGGGGGAUACAACCUUUAUUUUGCAAUAUUAGCCAAAGUAUUGCUGUAUAAUUCUGUUACCUUUUCCAACCUGUUUAACUUUUUUUAGUCAGAUGUUGAUUGUGCAUGCUAUAAAAUGUACAGACUUGAUCUUAGUCCUAGCAGGCUUACAUCUGUGACCCCAAGACUGACGGCUAGAAAGAGUCACUCUGGCAAACCAACUGCAAGGCCAUUUAGUGCUCCAAAUACCUUGCAAGCUAAAGCAUGUCAUCAGAAAGAGAAUCUGCACACGUUAAAAGAAGAUUUUAUUUCAUUAAAACUAAACCAAAAAGUAAAACCUGCUAGUCUUAGACCAAAAGUUCACAGAAGACCAAAGUGGAACUCAGAGGUUGAAAAUGUUCUGAAGUUGGAUGUCCUCUGUCAGCAAGAUAGCCAAGCCCAUUUACCAUCUACUCUUGACCAUAUGGACACUUCUCAUUGGUGCCCUCCUAAAAGUGCCAAUAGUCAGAGUGACGAGUCAUUUCUAACAGCUUUAAUUGGGGACAAGAUAGCGCAAUACAGUAUUUAUGGGGAAGCUGGCAAAUUCGUUGCUCAACAGCUAGAGAGAGACAAUAAAAUCAGAGUCUGUGUAAAUGGCCAUUUGCCAUUAGAUGGUCUGAAAGAAAGAAAUGACGCUCCUCUGAAAGAAGGUGUUUUUAAUCUUGAAGAAACAGAAAGGAAGAAUAAUUUUCACCUGUCUAAAUCUGCUUCAGAAGAAAAGAAAAACCUCAUCUCCUUGACUAUUGAGGAGGAAAUGGAAAAACCAAAUGCCAAAAUAAUCAAUGUGGGCUCUCCAAAAGCAAAAUCUCCCAGGCCGGUGAUGAAAGUGAGUGAAACAUACCCCAUCGUUUAUGCUGAAGAAGAAUAUAUGCAAAACUUUAUUUUGAAGAGGUGGCUGCAUUUACAUGGAGAUAAAGUGUCUUAUGACUCAGAAAAGGAAAAUGGUGAGGUACAAACAAAUCCAAAUUCAGUUUUACAAAACAACUGCGAUUAUGCCCUUGCCUUAGUUGGAAAGGAAGAAAAGAAUACUUUUAAUGUAGCUGUGAAGGGGAAUAAAAAGCUAAAAAGAACAUUAUCCGGGAAACGGAAAAUCACUAUUCAUAUUUUAUCUUCAGAUGGAAAAAGUAGGAGCUUAAAAGAUUCACAGAAGGAAAAAACUUUUGUGCAGAAAAUAGUUGGUAGCUUUCAUGAUGUUGAAGUACCAAUCAGUAAGCUUACAUCAAAAGACAGGAAUGUUUCAGCAACAAGGGCUGAAUGUAACCCUGAUGGCCUUGUUAUAUUUGGAGUAAACCCAAAAGCUGCAGCACACCAAUCUGCUAAAGCAAAUGCAGCAACCGUCACUAAAUCUCACGGCUCUUACAGCAAGCCACUAACCAUGGCCUCCCAGCUUCAUAAAAAAGGCAGGUUGGCUCAUUCAUCACAGUUGGAUUAUAUAUCCAUAACAAAACCUAUUAAAAUACCUGACUGUCCAAAUGUCAAUUCACAGUCAUUUCACAAAAUCUCAAUGAAACGUGAUCAUUUGGAAAACAAAAGGAUUAUUCUGUCUGGGGCUUGUUUUAAGGAAAAACCUCCACUUAGUCAGAACAAUGAAGUAUCCAAACCUGCCAGGUGUUCUCAACCAGCUUCUUGCAAGGAAGAAACAUCAGCUGAGAUAAAGCUAAAUAAUAAGGAACAUUGCAUAGAUAGUAGGAAAGGCCAAGAAUGGGAUAAUACUGUGGAAUUCUGGAGCACUCGCAGAUCUUCAGCAUCACUGAAAAAUUCACAUGCAGUGCCAGACAACAGCCCUGAGCCCCAGAAAAAAGCAAUGCUACCUGAACGUCCAGCAUCAUUACCUGUUAACUUCAAUCAUCCAAUUAUUAGUAUACCAACUGCACAAUGUGAUGCCUCAGAAUUCAGGAUAAAAAAAGUUGAUGCUGAAUUUACAGACGACACUGAUACUCCAAAGGACACCAGUCGUUACAAUUAACUGAUGGUAUGUCUAACAAUGGGCUACCAAAGAUUUAUGGGAUCGAUCUAUUUCUGAAAUGAAUGCAUCUGCCAAUCUAGAUGUUAUGGUAAUUUUUUCUCAGAACAGCUAUUAUUCUGUACAUGAACUUAUGUAAGCCAUGAGAUGUUUGCAAUUACAAUGAAUUAUGAUAUAGCAAUUAUAAGGGGAUGUGUUUCUCUUAAAAAUUACGAUAAUUGAUAGGCCUUUAUUCAAUGGUUUUACUAGGCACAUAUAAGAAGCAUUAAACUCCUAUUUCAAGCACAGAAGUUACUUCUUUUAAAUCCUGAAUGACUUUGUGUGUGAACAUUUUAAUGCAUUAAGAUAUUAUCUUUACUUUUAAAUACAGAGAGAAAAGGUAUUUAGAGUAUUAUCCACCUUUCUUCCUUAAUUUAUUGCAUAGAUUUAAAAAAUCUUACAACAUCCAGUACUGUGAAUUUCACAUUGCUUAUCAUCUAUGUUGUAUAUUUCAAGAUUCUAGCCCAAGUCCUCCCUUGCAAUGUUAACAAAAUUGUAUUUAGUGGAAUUAGGCUUUUAAUAUUUAGCAAUAUUGGAUUAGGCUGGAGUUCUCCAUAAAAUACAUUGUAGACAACAUGCGUAGACUAAUGACUACUUUGAUUCACUUAUUCUCAGCUAAUAUUAAAUCACAGGCACUUAAAAAGAAGAAGAAGAAAAGGCUUUCAGCGGGAUAGAUUGUCUCCAUAUGGGAAGUGUUUGGAACUGAAAUGAAUGCAGGAGAUUUUCAUCAUGCUACUUAGAAGAUGUCUUACCAGAUGAAACUAAAUUUACACAUUGUACUCAGACCUGAUAGUUUGAACUUCUGAAUAGACAUGCAAUUUCACUCCUAUAACUCUUUCAGUAAGCAACAUGUAAGAACCCCACACUUCCAAUCAUUACGUGCCUAAAUGGUGAUGCAAGUCCAUGGGCCCUUGGCUUUAUCUCCUUACAUUGCUAGAGUACAUGCAACAUACCUGAGCACCUCAUUUGGUUUCUGAACUGAGCUGAUGUGUUUGUACAUGUAAACACUGUA